AUGAUCAGGAACCUAACCAACAACCCAUUGCUCCCGCGCCGAUGCCGCCUCCUCCUCCAUCCCAACCGGCUCUGCGCCGCCGCCACAUCCUCUACUGCCGCCGGUGAGAUCGCGCCGGCUCCCGCCGCAAACGAGACUCCCCUUGAAGAUGACCUCGCGGAGGAGUUGCGCAGCCGCCUCGUGCGCGACACCUGCAGGCUGCUUGAGCUCCGGGACUCGUGGAGCGCCAAGCUGGAGGCGCAGCUUCGGCACCUCCUCCGCGCGCUGACCCCGCCGCAGGUCCGCGCCGUGCUGCGCGCGCAGGCACAGCGGGACGCCCGCGCCGCGUUCGAGUUCUUCCGCUGGGCCGACCGCCAGUGGAAGUACCGCCACGCCCCGGAGGUGUUCGACGAAAUGCUUGCGCUCCUCAGCCGCACCAGGCUCCACGACCCAGCGCGCCGCAUCAUGCGCCUCAUGAUCUGGCGAGGCAUGCGCCGGGGCACGAAGCAGUUCGCGCACCUCAUGCUCUCGUACAGCCGCGCAGGGAAGCUCCGCUCCGCCAUGCGUGUGCUCCAGCUCAUGCAGAAGGACGGGUGCGCGCCUGACAUAUGUAUAUGCAACGUGGCGGUGAACGUGCUUGUUGUGGCCGGACGUGUCGACAAGGCGCUCGAGUUUGCCGAGAGGAUGCGUCGUGUUGGGGUUGACCUGGACGUGGUCACGUACAAUUGCCUAAUCAAGGGAUUGUGCGGAGCUCAGCGGAUCGUUGAUGCAUUGGAUAUGAUCGGCUCAAUGCUGCAAAAUGGGUGCCUGCCAGAUAAGGUUAGCUACUUUACAGUGAUGAGCUUCUUGUGCAAGGAGAAGAGGGUGGCAGAGGUGCGGAAUUUGCUUGAGAGGAUGAGGAAUGAUGCAGGUAUAUUUCCAGAUCAGGUCAUGUAUAACAUGCUUAUUCAUGGUCUUGCAAAGCAUGGUCAUGCAGAUGAGGCGUUGAGUUUCUUGAGGGAGUCAGAGGGGAAAAGAUUCCGUGUUGACGAGGUCGGCUAUAGUGCGAUUGUGCAUUCGUUUUGCUUGAAUGGUAGGAUGGCAGAGGCAAAGGAAAUUAUAGGCGAGAUGAUUUCAAAGGGGUGCCGCCCUGAUGUUGUAACAUAUAGUACGGUUGUAGAUGGAUUCUGCCGGAUUGGAGAACUCGAACAAGCAAGAAAGAUGAUGAAGCAUAUGUAUAAGAAUGGUUGCAAGCCAAAUACAGUCACGCAUACUGCACUGUUAAAUGGGCUUUGCAAAGUUGGGAAAUCUUCAGAAGCAUGGGAAUUGCUAAACAAGAGCGAAGAAGAGUGGUGGACUCCAAGUGAUAUCACAUACAGUGUUGUUAUGCAUGGAUUUCGGAGGGAAGGGAAGUUAAAGGAAUCAUGUGAUGUCGUAAUGCAGAUGUUGCAGAAGGGUUUCUUCCCCACAACAGUGGAGAUUAACUUGUUGAUUCACGCAUUAUGCAAGGAGCGAAAACCUGCAGAUGCCAAAGACUUCAUGGAGCAGUGCCAAAGCAAGGGCUGCUUCAUUAAUGUUGUUAACUUCACUACUGUAAUUCAUGGAUUUUCUAGGCAGGGAAGGAAAGCUAAAAUGAAAGAAGCAACAGCGCUUGUAGAGAAAAUGCUUAAUAGAGGUUUGCUCCCUACACCUGUCACAUACAGGACUGUGAUACAUAGAUAUUGUGAAAAGGGUGCAGUGGAAGAUUUACUCAAUCUGCUGGAUAAGAUGUUAACAAAAGAAGGGUUUAGUAGUGCAUAUAAUCAGGUCAUUGAGAAGCUAUGUGCAUUUGGUAAACUUAGUGAGGCUUACAAUCUCCUCAGCAAGGUACUAAGAACUGCCUCAAAAAGAGAUGCUCAAACAUGCCACAUUUUGAUGGAUAGUUUUCUGAAUAGAGGACUCCCACUUCAAUCAUAUAAUGUGGCCUGCCGCAUGUUCCAGAGAAACUUAAUUCCUGAUCUUAAAUUAUGUCAAAAGAUUGACAGUCAGUUGGCCCUAGCGGGUGAGAGACAAGCUGCUGGAAAGCUUAUCACUAAGUUUGUUGAAAGAGGCGAUAGUACCAGUCUUGGCAGCGCCUUCCAUGUAGAAGGAGGCGAACCACACCCGCUCGUCGUCCACCGUGCGAUCAACGCGGAAGAACUGCUCCGCCUAGUGAAGCCAGGUGACCGGAUCGGUGCUGCCGUCAUAGCGCGGGAACCGGAGCUUGUGCUUGCCGUGCUCGCGUGGAGGCGGAGGUGGAGGGGCGCCGUGGGCAGCGUCCUUGCCGCUGUGGGAGCUGCCGGAGGAGAGGUGGUCUGA